AUGGAUGCAGGGGUACUUCCUUACGCUCCUACGAGCAUUUUAACAUCGUUGCCAUGUCAGCUGCCCGAUUCCCAGUUCGAUCCUUCGGAAGAUUUUGCAGAGGUCGGCAAGGGCCUGGUAUACUCAUUACACAACCUCCAGAACUGCCACCUUACUGACCUCGCAAUCUGGCGAGAUUUGUUCGCUCUCACGGGUUCGAUCAGAACAUUCUACUUACCUACUUCCGUCAUUGAGGCUUGGUCGAAGACGUGUGCAUCGCACAAAGCAUAUGAUUUCAGCAUUUCAGAGGAGCCGAUAGUUCCAGUUAUGCUGGGUCCAAAGAUUGGUUGGGUCAAUGUUCCCUUCACCUUCACUUGUCGUGGCUUGCCAGCGACUACUUGUUCAGGGACGUUGUCCAUUGUGCGUGAUCAUGAUGACACGUGGAAGAUAUGGGUAAUCAGGACGAUUCUGGAUGGGCUAAGCGGCGGCCCGGAUGUUGACUUUUUGCAGCUUGCCCCAGGAAGCCUGAACGGUACCUUCACACGGGACAUAUGCAUCAAUGGCGAAAAUCAAGGCAGUGCUGUAAAAGCUACAUCAGGCCCUCAGCCUACAGAGUACGACUGCAUCGUCGUUGGCGCAGGUCAAGCAGGACUGUCAGCGGGUGGCCGCUUGCAAGCACUUGGCAUUUCCUACGCCGUUCUUGAGAAGCAUGCAUCAAUCGGAGAUAACUGGAUUACACGUUACGACAGUGCACGUCUCCAUACGCCACGCGCAUUCAACCAUCUUCCUUUCGACAGAACCUUCUCGUUGCCAUACCAGGAGUACCUUACCAAAUAUGACCUUGCGAAGGGCUUCCAAAGCUGGGCCGUGAAGUUUGGGAUUGAUGGGAAUAUCCGCCUAGACACGACCUUGCAGACCGGAUCUUUCGAUGACCAACGUCGAAUGUGGACGCUCAACGUCCGACAUGCUGGGGAAAUAAAGACACUCACUUGCAGACAUCUCAUCAUGGCGGUUGGUGUUGGAGUUCAGGUCCCGUUCAUGCCUGCCUUACCCGGCAGGAAGACCUUCAAAGGAACUGCUUUGCACUCAGCCGAAUACCAAAACUCCCGCCCCUGGAAAGGCAAGCACGGAAUCGUCGUUGGCACCGCCAACACUGCGCAUGAUGUUGUCGAGGACAUGCUAGAAGCCGGCUUGUCGCCUGUGACAAUGAUCCAACGACGCAGGACUUAUGUGCUGCCAGUUGAGUACCUGAAGGUAGCGCACGGUCGGCUCCACAACGAUCAGCUGCCCACGGCCGUUGCGGAUCGGGAGGAUUUGUCUAUGCCCUUGGGUGUGGCGAGACUGAUCAUGCGCCAAGUGAUGCAUGACAUGGCAUCGAAGGAGCCGGAGCGGUUUGAUGCGCUCGAAAGGGCUGGCUUCAAGGUUGAGCAAUACGGCGAUCCGAGCUACCAUAUCUACGAGAGGCUGGGCGGCCACUAUGUGGACAUGGGAACCUCGGCGAAGAUAGCAAAGGGCUUGGUCAACAUCAAACACGCGGUCCCCACCAGCUACACUCCCACGGGCCUAUCUUUCUCGGACGGCAGUACACUCCCCGCCGACCUCGUCGUCUUCUGCACCGGUUUCGAGUGCAGUAUGCACAACGUCCUCAAGCAGAUCUUCGGACCUGAAGUUGCUUCGCGAGCAGAUGACUACUGGGGUCUCGAUGACGAAGGGGAACUGAAAGGUGCGUAUAAGCCUAACAGUCAGCCGAACCUGUGGUAUACGGGUGGCGGGACGGCGCAAGCGAGGUAUCUCUCCAGGUUUGUGGCGUUGCAGAUUAAGGCGGAUAUGAUGGGGACGCCGUUGGAGGUGUACGGUCGGAAGAAGGGGAAAGUGAAUGGGGUGGUUGGUGGGGAAGGGAUGUAA